CCGGAGGCGAGCUGGCUUCCUCCUGGCCACUCGCGGGGGUGAGGGGAAGCCGGAGGAGUGCGGGAGGAAGCUGAGGCGAGCGCUGGAGGCGGCUCCCAUCGGCCUCCGGCGGGACUGAGCGCAGGGAGGCCGGAAGGCGGGCGCACGGCGGGAGCAUAUUUAAUGAAAAGUUUCAAAGACUGAAAAACUAAACAUGAGGGUAGCAGGUGCUGCAAAGUUGGUAGUAGCCGUGGCAGUGUUUUUACUGACAUUUUAUGUUAUUUCUCAAGUAUUUGAAAUAAAAAUGGAUACAAGUUUAGGAAAUCUCUUUGCAAGAUCAGCAUUGGACACAGCUGCACGUUCUACAAAGCCUCCCAGAUAUAAAUGUGGUAUCUCAAAAGCUUGCCCUGAGAAACAUUUUGCUUUUAAAAUGGCAAGUGGAGCAGCCAAUGUGGUGGGACCCAAAAUCUGCCUGGAAGACAAUGUCUUGAUGAGUGGUGUGAAGAAUAAUGUUGGAAGAGGGAUCAACGUUGCCUUGGCAAAUGGGAAAACAGGAGAAGUACUAGACACUAAAUAUUUUGACAUGUGGGGAGGAGAUGUGGCACCAUUUAUUGAGUUUCUGAAGGCCAUACAAGAUGGAACAAUAGUCUUAAUGGGAACAUAUGAUGAUGGAGCAACCAAACUCAAUGAUGAGGCACGACGGCUCAUUGCUGAAUUGGGAAGCACAUCUAUAACUAGUCUUGGUUUUAGAGACAAUUGGGUCUUCUGUGGUGGGAAGGGCAUUAAGACAAAAAGUCCUUUUGAACAGCACAUAAAGAACAAUAAGGAUACAAAUAAAUAUGAAGGAUGGCCUGAAGUUGUAGAAAUGGAAGGAUGCAUCCCACAGAAACAAGACUGAAGGAAAUGUGGAGAAAACUGAAGGAAACGCACUUUCAAUAUUAAUGGGAGACUCAAAGAAGAAACUAUGUGUAAAUAUUUUAAGAGCAUGCAGCCAUCUUGGUGUGUGCAUGAGCAUUAUCUCUUUUGAUAUAAGGAUUAUUUAUUGCUAACGUAAAUAAAUGUCUUUGUAAAUAGUCCUCAUGGGCAAAUCACUGAACCAUUUUUAAGCACAUUUCCUUUGAAGUACAAUGUUUAGACUGCUAUGAUAAUACACAUCAAUUCUAAAAGUAUAUUCAGUGAGUUACUGAUCAGAUUGUGAAAAAUAUAUCCAUAUAUAUGUGGUUGCUGUGAAAAUUGGUCAUGGAAUAAUAUGGCUUUUAUGGAGGAGAUUUUGUUUAUAAAUAUAUGUGUAGGUAUGUAUCUGGCCUUGUGAUGACAUUAUCUUUUAAAGUCAAAAGAGAUUUGGCUAGUUGUAUGUGCAAUGUCACCUUAUAGUCCAUUUCUCCUGAUGUUCCUGUUAUUCUUUAUUUUCCCUUCUGAAGAAACUGAGAAAUAAAAUUUUGGAUAUGAAAACUUAUAUCACAUUUGUGAAAAGCACAACAAAUUCUUUAAUGCACACAGCAAAAAGUCAUUAUGUAAAUGUAGGUGGCCUUCAGGACCACAGCUUCUGAGUUUUGUGUUCGUGAUGUCAAAAACUUGAUCUUGUGUAAGCUAUUUAGAGAGAAGCUGGAGGUGGAAACUCCACAAACCUGAGAACCAGGCCAAGUCCCCUCCCUGACCUAAUUAGGUCAUUUAGCACAGCUAAAACAGUAUAUUUAGAGCAAUACAGGUAUAUAUUUUCCUUAUUUGUUAUUGGCAUUGACAAGUGGUUUGUAAAGGGGCAUGCUUUAGUAUCAUAAUUUUGACUUAUAAACCAAGAAAUUCAUUUUGUAUUUACUUCAUCUAACUUCAUAAUGGCAAUUAUUGUCCAAAGCUGCAGUGGCAUAUUUAGAAAAGUCCUAAUUACUCAAUAGACUGAUAACAUUUUUUAAAAUAAUUUUAUUUGACCUAAAAUGACUUUAUUCCCAAUUCUACAUAAAAAUAUAGGAGAUCUCACUUUUUCCUUAACUAAAGAUGUUUACUAAAUUACUUAGUUUUGUUUUAUUUUGCUUUCAUUUUUCUAGGGCAUUAAAUACCUAUUAUGUCUGAAGUAUCAUAAACUGGAACAUAAAUAAAUUUAAUGAUCAAACUGUCUUUCACAAUAUAAGGCAGCACUUAAAUUUUGACUCUAAAUUUUAGAUGGCUUGUAUAAAAACAACCUAUGAGCAGUAUUUGUUAUUUUGCUGUAAGUUGGAUGUGUUCUGGAUAUUUCAUAACUAUUGAUAAACUUUGGGGUACUAUUUCUUCCCUCCAACUGAAUGUAAUUCAUAAGUAAAUGCACCUUAUGUGUUUAAACAAUUUUUGUAAACUUUUUAGAUUUUUGGUGCUUAUAUACUCAAUCACAUUCAGCAUGUAUAUUUUGACAUUUAAAAUACUUUCCCUCAAUUCUGUAAGUUAAAAGAAUAGCUAUUUUACAGUUCCAGGGAUUGUACAAUAAAUGUUGCAGUUUUUUUUAAAUAAUGAAAAUAAAUACAUCUUGUUUUACA